AUGUCAGCACCCAGAGUCUUUGAAGGCAAACUUGCCAUUAUUACCGGUUCUUCGCGAAGCUUCGGCGCCACACUUGCCACAUACUUCGCCUCGCGUGGAGCUAACGUUGUGAUCAACUACGCAACAUCAGCGUCCGAUAAGAUCGCGACUGACUUAGCAAACCAUCUCUCCACGACCUACAAGAUCAACGCGCUCCCCGUACGCGCCGAUCUUCUUGACCCUUCCGCCCCGCAAACCAUUGUCAAUGCGGCAAAGGCGCACUUCAGCAACCCAGCGGCCACCCCUUCGUUCCAGAUCGACAUCCUGAUCAACAAUGCCGCUGUCGUGAAUGCGCAGCCUAUCCAGGAGCUUGAUCCAGAACUCUGGGACCAGACGUUCAACAUCAACUGCAAAGCUCCUGCGCUGCUUAUCAAAGCUGCGUUCCCCUACCUUCCUCACGACAGAUCUGGUAGGAUCGUCAACAUCUCAUCCGCGACUACGACGUGGGGUCUGAUCCAGCAGACAUCCUAUGCCGGUACCAAGGGCGCCAUCGAAGCCAUGACGCGUGUGUGGGCGCGCGAACUCGCUGAACGCGCAACUGUUAACAGCGUGAGCCCUGGUCCCAUGGACACCGGUCUCCUGAACGGACUGCCUGAGGCGCCCAGAGAGGCACUGAAGAUGUACAACGCGUUGAUCCCACUAGCGAAGGAAAGACCUGGUGUAGACAGCGAGGACAUGUUGAGAUUGGCAGGCGAGAUUGGCGGUAGGCCCGGUACGCUCGAGGAGGUGGCAGGUAUCGUUGGUAUCGCGUGCUUGCCAGAGAGUGGCUGGAUGACGGGUAAUCAGCUGGGCGCGAGUGGAGGCGGCGCGUUUGUUAGGUAG